UACCUGUGAAUGGAGUCAGAGCAUAUUAUCUUAGCCAAGGUCGAAUCUCAAGUCAAUUGGUUGGUUGUUUUUAUGUGCAUGUAAAUGCUGGGGAUUCCAUCCUUGUUUUUUGGAUUUAUUUUCCUCCUCUGCGGUGGAAUGGCGAGAGGAGUGGGAGAAAGAAAGAAACCUGGCAUUUGGGCAAGCAAGGAUUCCUUUUUUUCCUUCACAUUUCUUGUAUUUUCCACCGCAACAACAUUCACUCUCAUUAUUGCCAUCCCAAAUAUGGACUUCAAACCUUCCAUUUUUAGCUAGAAUCUCCGUUUCUCUUGUUGUUCUGUAAUUCUUCAUUUCUUUCCAUAUCUUUUUUUCAACAAUGAUAUUGAUUCACUCGUUGGGAAAGGAAAAGACGAGAAAAUUGUAGGAUAAUGGCGACAGUACAGAAUUUGCAGCAUUCUAGUAUGAGCACCGCAAGCAGUUUUCAUUCCGACGGUCACAAUCCCGGCGGUCUGGGCGAAACGAGAGGUUUUAUGGAAAAGGGCGGUAUUAAUUCGGAAAGCGGUAUUACCAACCAAUUUCCUGCAGGGUUGCGAGUUUUAGUGGUUGACGAUGAUCCAACUUGCCUAAAAAUUAUUGACAAAAUGCUCCGCAGGUGUCUCUAUGAAGUUACGACAUGUUCUCGGGCAACUGUUGCAUUAUCAAUGCUCCGAGAGAGGAAGGGUAGCUUUGACCUGGUCAUUAGUGAUGUAUAUAUGCCUGACAUGGAUGGCUUCAAACUCCUUGAACAUGUUGGAUUGGAGAUGGAUCUUCCUGUCAUCAUGAUGUCAGCAGAUGGAAAAACAAGUGUAGUGAUGAAAGGAAUCAAACAUGGUGCAUGUGACUACCUACUAAAGCCUGUACGCAUUGAGGAGCUCAAAAAUAUAUGGCAACAUAUAGUCAGGAAGAAGAAAAAUGGGAUAAAGGAAUUGGAGAACUCUGGAAGUGUUGAGAACAGUGAAAAGCUUAAAAAGGGUUCAGAUGAUGCUGAGUAUGCAUCCUCAGUGAAUGAAGGUACAGAGUGUAAUUCAAAAACAUCUAAAAGAAGGAAGGAACCCAGGGAGGAGGAGGAUGAUUUUGAUCAGGACAAUGAUGAUCCUACAUCCCUGAAAAAACCGAGGGUAGUCUGGUCUGUGGAGCUCCAUCAACAAUUUGUUAGUGCUGUAAAUCAGCUUGGAAUUGACAAGGCUGUUCCAAAGAGGAUUCUUGAGAUGAUGAAUGUUCAGGGACUUACAAGGGAGAAUGUUGCAAGCCACCUUCAGAAAUAUAGACUUUAUCUUAGAAGGCUGAGCGGGGUGGCACAACAGCAAAGUGGAAUAAAUUCUUCCUUUGGAGGAAAUACAGAGAUCAAUUUUGGUUCCAUGGGUUCUGGAAGGUUUGACCUACAAACACUAGGAGCAUCAAGCCAAAUAUCGCCUCAAAAUUUGAUGGCAUUACAAGCAGGACUUUUGGGAAAACUAAAUGCAAAGAAUGGUAUGGGAAUUCCUGGAGAGGCAUUCUGCUUACCAGCUUCACUUCAAGGCAUAGAUUCUAAUUCUUUGAACAGCCUAAGAUUUGGCCAACCAUUAAUGAACAGUCAGGGUAAUUUACUACAGGGUUUUUCUACUGGUUUCCAAUUGAAGCAAAAUAAUCGGUUACACCCUCACAUUCCUUCAUUUGGGAAUGUAGACUUACCAGAGAAUGAUACAUCUUCAGGUCACUCAUUGUUACCACGGCAGCUUGCAACAGGUACUGUGAAUCCUGGAGAUCUGGGUCAGGUGUGCGUGGCAGAUAACAAUGUAGGUCUGAAUCUAUACAACAAUGCAAUGAUGAUAAAAUUAUUACAGCAAGAACAGCUGCAGCAGCAAGAACUACGUCAACAGGUUCAGAUACCUGCAGCAAUGCCACAUCAAUCUGAUGGUCAAUUGCAAGGCAGACAAAUUUUAAAUUUUCCAUCAGCUAAUCUCUUAGGUCAACGGGCAGUUUCAAACCCUUUAUGUGCAGUAGGAAGUCCUGAUAGCAUUCAUGGGAAUAGCCUAACUGGCCCUAACAUAGAGCAAUUAAAUCCAACAUCACUACCAGAACAUGGAUAUCCAGCAUGUACAUCUAAUGCAUAUUUUGGAAUUGAUCAGAUGCCGGUUAUUGAUUACAAGAAUCAUAGCUUUCACGCAUUGCCAGGGAACAGUAUGAAUCGUCUGACGAGCAAUCUUGCAACGUCUGCUCCAUUGUCAGUUCAGGCUGAAGUUGAAAUGAGUUUACCAGGGAUGAAAAACCCUUCGGGAACACCAGAAUUGUUCAACACCCAAACCUUAAGAAGUUCUAGUUUAAAUUUUUGUGCAUCCAAUGGCCUUGCUUCCACCAUAAACCAAAGCAACAUUCAUGGUUGGCAGGUUCCAAAUUUUGCUGGGAAUCAAGAUUUGGGUCAAAUAGUGACCCCAACACAGAGUGCACGUUACAGUGAAUCUUCCUCUGUAUCCCAGGGCUUGAAUCUUCCUGGGAUACAUUGUCAUAUGCAAGCCACAAAUGUUGGAUUUGCAAGGAGAGGAUUGAAUGUUUCCAACAUACUCCCGUCAGAUGCUGGGCAUACAAGGGCUGCCAAUGAUGCAGCCUGUCAAAGUGAACAGUCAACGGCUGACAGUGGGCCAAGAUUUAAGGACAGUGCAUCUGAUUUGACAAAACAUGAGAGGACCAAAUCUGAAGAAGACGAGUUCAGUGUGGAUGGUUAUCAGUUAAAGGGUGUUCAUGUGAAAUAGAUUAUUCUUUGAUUAGUUUUCAGUAGAAAACUUAACUUGAAGUGGCAAAAGCGACACAGUUGAGUAUACAGAUGUUACAAGAUGUCAAUAGAAAUAAUCUCUUUGCUCCUGUAUGUCAGGGCCCUUUAAUUGUUCUUUGACCACACAUAGGUUUAUCAAUUUACUGUAGAGUUUCCUAUGUUAACUGUACAUCAGUUUCACAUCUUCUUUGAUUUUGGAUCUUGUUCGGAAAACCCCUCUUCAGAAAAGUUCAUGUGGAAAAGCCAGCUUAGAAUUUAAGCUUCAUAGUUUAGCUGUGCGGAGUUUAUGUUACUCUUUACAGAAAAAUUUGUUCUCCAGACUGAAGAAAUAAAUAUUUUCAGUGUUUUAGGGACAAGAAUGGACCUGUAGUUCAAGUACCAGGCUACUUUGAAUCUAAUGUCUGCAAGCCAUAGUUACAAUUUGAUUAUUUGAUGUUUUUCCAAUGUGACAUGCUCCAAGAAAUGGACAGGGAGCAUUAGGGAGUUCUCCUUGUACAUACGUUCAGCAAAUAUGGAAAUUUUCACAGCAAAAAAGCUGAAUUCUUUUC